GAGGGCACGCGGGGACUUGUGGGAAAGCUCGGGAAGGCGGGGCUCGGCGUGAGACGCUGCGGGCUUGGGGUCCGGCCCGGCGGGCAGUAACGGCCUAGUGAGAGUUUGGUUGGCCAAAACUCUGCAGGCCACAAUGACUUCGACAAAUAAAGCAAUUGAAUUACAGCUACAAGUGAAACAAAAUGCAGAAGAAUUACAGGACUUUAUGAGGGAUUUAGAAAACUGGGAAAAAGAUAUUAAACAGAAGGAUAUGGAACUAAGAAGACAGAAUGGUGUUCCUGAAGAGAAUUUACCUCCUAUUCGAAAUGGGAAUUUUAGGAAAAAGAAGAAAGGCAAGCCAAAAGAGUCUUCUAAAAAAACCAAAGAUGAAAACACAAAAAACAGGAUAAAAUCUUAUGAUUAUGAGGCAUGGGCAAAACUUGAUGUGGACAGUAUCCUUGAUGAGCUUGAUAAAGAAGAAAAUACCCAUGAUUCUGUAUCUCAAGAAUCAGAGUCAGAAGAAGAUGGGAUUCAUGUAGAUUCACAAAAGGCUCUUGCUCUAAAAGAAAAGGGCAAUAAAUACUUCAAACAAGGAAAAUACGAUGAAGCAAUUGAAUGCUACACCAAAGGCAUGGAUGCUGAUCCGUAUAAUCCUGUGUUGCCAACAAACAGAGCGUCAGCAUACUUUAGGUUGAAAAAAUUUGCUGUUGCUGAGUCUGAUUGUAAUUUAGCAAUUGCCUUGAAUAGAAGUUAUACAAAGGCUUAUGCAAGGCGAGGUGCUGCUCGAGUUGCUUUGCAAAAAUUAGAGGAUGCCAAAAAAGAUUAUGAGAAAGUAUUAGAACUGGAACCAAAUAACUUUGAAGCAACAAAUGAACUCAGGAAAAUUAAUCAGGCUUUAACAUCCAAAGAAAAUUCACAUCCAAAGGGAGCUGAUACAAUGAUUAAAUCAUCUGAAGGAGAGAAGAAGAAAAUUGAAGAGCAACAGAAUAAGCAGCAGGCCAUUUCAGAGAAAGAUCUGGGGAAUGGAUUUUUCAAAGAAGGGAAAUAUGAAAGAGCAAUUGAAUGCUAUACUCGGGGGAUAGCAGCAGAUGGCACUAAUGCCCUUCUUCCAGCUAACAGAGCAAUGGCCUUUCUGAAGAUUCAGAAAUAUGAAGAAGCCGAAAAAGACUGCACACAAGCUAUUUUAUUAGAUGGCUCAUACUCUAAAGCUUUUGCCAGAAGAGGAACAGCAAGAACAUUUUUGGGAAAGUUAAAUGAGGCCAAACAAGAUUUUGAAACUGUUUUGCUUUUGGAACCUGGGAAUAAGCAAGCAGUUACUGAACUUUCCAAAAUUAAAAAGGACUUAAUUGAGAAAGGACAUUGGGAUGAUGUUUUUCUCGAUUCUACACAAAGGCAAAAUGUGAUAAAACCUAUUGAUAAUCCAUCUCAUCUUGGGUCAACUAAACCACUCAAGAAAGUUACUAUUGAAGAGACCGGUAAUUUGAUCCAGACCAUUGACGUGCCGGGUAGCACUACUGCCGCUCCACAGAACAACCCUAGUCACCUGGCAGACAGAAUAGCAAGUGCAGGCGCUGCGAGUAAAAAGAAUUCAAGCCAAGAUGACCUUUUGCCCACCAGUGAUACUCCGAAAGCAAAAGUAUUGAAAAUAGAAGAAAUCAGUGAUACUUCAGUCCUGCCGCCUUCAGUCAACUUGAAACAGGAUGUAUGUCAGUCUUUCAGUGAAAAGAUUUCUGUAGAGAUAGAUAAGACACCUGCACAGUUUGUCACAACCGUUCUUCCUCCGGUUCCUGCAAACUCAUUCCAGCUCGAAUCUGAUUUCAGACAACUAAAAAAUUCUCCGGAUAUGUUGUAUCGGUAUUUGAAGCAAAUUGAACCAUCCAUGUAUCCUAAGUUGUUUCAGAAAAAUCUGGAUCCUGAUGUAUUCAACCAGAUCAUUAAAAUUCUGCAUGACUUUUAUAUUGAGAAAGAAGAGCCAUCACUCAUCUUUGAAAUCUUACAAAAACUUUCUGAACUAAAAAGGUUUGAUAUGGCAGUGAUGUUUAUGUCAGAACCUGAGAAAAAAAUUGCACACGUAUUGUUCAAUCACAUAGACAAAUCAGGAUUGAAGGAUAAGUCCGUUGAAGAACUCAAGAAAAGAUAUGGUGGUUGAUUUUCAUUUUUACUGAAAUUACUGUCUUUGACUUUCAUAUGUAAAUUUUUUUAUUGAAAAUAAAGUAUUUUGCUUUUUAAGAAAAUGAAAUCAUACAAGAACAGAUUAUCUUUAGACGUAAGUUAAUUAACUAUAUAGUGAAUUGUGACUUAAGGAAUGAGAAUGUAUUCAGGUGAGCUAUUUAUAAGACAUUUUCCAAAAAUAAAAAUACAAUGACGUACACUUGUAAAGAUUGGUAUUUUAUGUCAUUUGAAAUUCUAAAUCUAGAUGCAUUCUUCAGUGCCCCAUAAUUUU